UUGAGAUCAAUCUAAAGGAUCAUUCUUUUUUCUCAUCUUUUAAUAGCAUACACUAGCUAUCAAAUACAGCAAAUACAUCAUGGGACAGGUUUUUAGCUUCACGAAUAUCUUUGGUAAACUAUGGGGAAUUAACAAAGACAUUAGAAUCUUAAUUUUAGGAUUGGAUGGUGCCGGAAAAACUACAAUUUUAUACAGAUUACAAAUGGGUGAGGUGGUCACCACCAAACCUACCAUUGGAUUCAAUGUAGAAACUUUACAAUACAAAAACUUAACCCUUAAUAUAUGGGAUUUGGGUGGUCAAACGUCUAUCAGACCGUAUUGGAGAUGUUAUUAUAGUAAUACUGCAGCAGUCAUAUUUGUGGUUGAUUCCACCGAUAAAGAUCGUAUUGCCAUUGCAAGUAAAGAAUUACAUAUGAUGUUGAAAGAAGAAGAGUUAUUGGACUCGGCAUUGUUGGUUUUUGCCAAUAAACAAGAUCAAGCCGGAGCUAUGACAGCUGCUGAGGUUUCCCAAGCUCUUAACUUGACUGAUUUAAAAGAUAGAAGUUGGAGUAUAGUCGCAUCUAGUGCCUUGAAAGGUGAAGGUUUAACUGAAGGGUUGGACUGGCUCAUGGACGUUAUUAAGGAUGAGCAAUUAUAAUGAUCCCGUCCAUAUAUUUAUACGACUCUAUUGUCCUAAUGACACCCUAUCUACGUUCCUUCCUGUCAUCAUCCUUAUCGCAUAUUUCAAUUAAAAACAAAUCAACGUUCUAAAUUCUACGUAAUAUAUUCAAUAUAGAG